GGGAGAGCGGAUAUAGUGAAUGCGGGGUCCGGGGAGAGCGGAUAUAGUGAAUGCGGGGUCCGGGAGAGAGGGAUAUAGUGAAUGCGGGGUCCGGGGAGAGCGGAUAUAGUGAAUGCGGGGUCCGGGGAGAGCGGAUAUAGUGAAUGCGGGGUCCGGGGAGAGCGGAUAUAGUGAAUGCGGGGUCCGGGGAGAGCGGAUAUAGUGAAUGCGGGGUCCGGGGAGAGCGGAUAUAGUGAAUGCGGGGGGAGCGGAUACGGUGAAUGCGGGGUCCGGGGAGAGCGGAUACGGUGAAUGCGGGGUCCGGGGAGAGCGGAUACGGUGAAUGCGGGGUCCGGGGAGAGCGGAUACGGUGAAUGCGGGGUCCGGGGAGAGCGGAUACGGUGAAUGCGGGGUCCGGGGAGAGCGGAUACGGUGAAUGCGGGGUCCGGGGAGAGCGGAUACGGCGAAUGCGGGGUCCGGGGAGAGAGCGGAUACGGCGAAUGCGGGUCCGGGGAGCGGAUACGGCGAAUGCGGGGUCCGGGGAGAGCGGAUAUGGCGAAUGCGGGGUCCGGGGACAGAGGCUAUGGCGAAUGCGGGGUCCGGGGACAGCGGCUAUGGCGAAUGCGGGGUCCGGGGACAGCGGCUAUGGCGAAUGCGGGGUCCGGGGACAGCGGCUAUGGCGAAUGCGGGGUCCGGGGACAGCGGCUAUGGCGAAUGCGGGGUCCGGGGACAGCGGCUAUGGCGAAUGCGGGGUCCGGGGACAGCGGCUAUGGCGAAUGCGGGGUCCGGGGAGAGCGGCUAUGGCGAUUGCGGGGUCCUGGGACAGCGGCUAUGGCGAAUGCGGGGUCCGGGGACAGCGGCUAUGGCGAAUGCGGGGUCCGGGGACAGCGGCUAUGGCGAAUGCGGGGUCCGGGGACAGCGGCUAUGGCGAAUGCGGGGUCUGGGGUUACAGCUAGAGGGUGGGCG